AAUAACAAACCAAACGUACUCGAGGGCGCCUAAGAAACAGUCGAAGCGGAGAGACACACGCAAGAAAGACAAACCAAACCAACUAAAAUGGCGUUCUAAAACUUCUUGUUCUUGCUGCCUCGUUUCUAUUAUUUCCUUUUCGUUUCAUUUUCUGCUGGCGUUCUCCUUCGAUCGCCUCCGUUCAGUUUGGUCUCAACGCUCAGUGCGUCCACAACGUUGCCCGAUGCUGGAGGACUUGGUGAAGCGAAAAGAACUCGUCAGCUGCCAGUUGGGAGGCACGUUUGCCAUUAUCUGUGAUUUACCAUGGCCGAGGAGGAGCUGGAAGCGCAGCAGCAGCAGCUGGCACAGGAGAAGGAGCACCGCCAGUUGCUGCUGGAUACAUUGAUCAGACUCUGGAGUCAUUAUCUCCACGCUGCAGAGCACGAAGAGGCGAGUGUCAAGGACCACUGGCUCUGGCUGUUGCUGUACAACUUUCAGUUCCUGGAUGAUCGAACGCUGGAAGAAGCGUGGCUCAAUAGCCACUUUAACCUAAUGCCAGAGGAGCUUUGCUCCUAUCUCCUAGAGCAAGUCUAUCAAAUCAUCAGCGAAGCCAAGCGUUCGCAGGGUAGCAGCCCAGACCAAGAGGCAGAGGCGGAGACAGAGCCAGAGCCAGAGCAGCAGGACAAGUGCAUUAAGCAGCUGCGUAAGCAGCAUAAUCUAGCGCAGCUUAUACUCAGCACACCCAGUGAUUGCAAUAAGAUUCUCGCCCUGCGUACAUUUCUCACCGAUAAGUUGGGUCAUCAUUUGCUGGCCUUCCUGUUGCGCGUGGAUAUCAAGCACAUUGCCUCACAGAAGAGCCUCUGUCAGUUGUGCAUCAAUCUGUUUCCCAAUUGCAAAUGGAGUGCCACAAAUCAGCCGCUGCAACCUCUCACUGGCAUCGCUCAGUUCAUUAGCAGCUUCUACCUCAAUUCACAGAGCAAAAAGGCAGCGGCACGCCGCCAGCAACAGCAGCUGCAGCCGCCACAGAAACGUCAAUUAUGGAAUCACAUAUCCAGUGAAGUAAUCAGAAACCUUGAGGACUUUAAAAGGGCCUCGAAGAGCAGCGAUGAACUGGCUCUGCUGCUCAUCCAACUGCUGACACGCUGCGUGGAUGCCGAGCAAGAGUCACAGCUGAGUGUCACAGUCCACAAUUUUGCACUCGGUCAUUUGUGCGCCGCAGCCAGCACAGAAUUUGAAGACAACAACGACGAGAACGACGACGACUGCUCCAGCCGUGACAACGAUGAGAUCAUCAAAUUCGAGCUGCUUCAACUGAUUGCCCAUUGCGUAAACAACUUUUAUGUCCACGAGCAGCAGCAGCCGAAUGUCCACGACUUCAACAGCAACUUCAGCCAGCUGCUGUACGCCCUGAGGGCCAAUCAAAGAUGUCCCACGCUGGCGCAUGGCGUGCUCUUCAUCAUGUUUGGCACACUGCACAAUCUCGUCGACAAUGGGGUCAGGGAGCUCAAUCAAAUCGAUGUGCGAAACUUUGAUGCCUGCUUCAAUGUGCUGCAAGAGGCAGCGGCCAAGACGACGGCCAUCUUUCUGCAUAUCUACAAGAUGCUGCUGCGUCUGACGGACAAUCUAUCGCGGCAGGAGCAGCACCAGCAGUGCCUCAUGGAGAGCAGCACCUCCACGGCACUGACCAAGCAGCAGCAGCAGCAACAGCACCGACACAAGCGACAGCGCAGCAGUCAAUUGCAUUGCCUGGGCAGCAGCUCCCUCAGUUGCUACUUUCAGGGUAAGCUCUACCAGCUGCUGCCAUUGCUGGACUCGGAACUGCAAGAGCAUAGCGUAAGGAGUCUGCUGCGCACUGGGAGCUGCUGCUGCCACUACAAUGCCAAGAACUAUGCCACCUGCCUGCAGCUGGCUACACGGCUGUCCAGCACGUAUCAGAAAUGCGCCUACAAAUUCCUCCACUACAAUGUGUUGGACACAAUCUUUGUGAAGCGUGCGCCCCAGGGUUGUCCCAGCUGCGAGGAGAAGCUCAAGUCACCGAGCUUCCAUAUGGAAUUGCUCAGCAUCUACAGGGAGAACUACAAGCGACUGCUGAACACACAAUCGAUGCUGCUGUUUCUGAAGCACUUGAAGCACAUUGCCCACCUUCUUUCCUACGAUCUGGCUGCUGGCAUACUGGCUGAGGUGGCUCUGCCCAUCUUCCGGCAGUACAAGGAGCGCAGCGAGAGCGAGGACAAGCUGCGCAGGGACUCGGCAAAGCUGGCGCCCCUGCAGAUACCUAACAAACUGGACAACUAUCGGGCGCUGCACGAGUGCCUGAGCAUAUUUGUGAUGUACCUGAGUGACAUACGGCUGGUGAAGGCCUUCUACAACGAGGAGAACAUUCGCUACAUGCAGGAUCUGUUGGCCAUACCCGAACUCCAGCGUGGCGUUUGCGAUCUGAUCAAAGUGGGCAUCGACAAUAUUGCUUUCCUGGGUGAGAACAGCCAGGAGCAGGUGACGCUUAGUCGAAGAUUGAUUCAACUGCAGCUGAAUAGCAGCGAUCGUGCCUCGCAGCUGUUUCAGGCUCUCCUCCAGAAGUGCUCCAAGCAGUCGCGCAGCAAAUUCUGGCUGGAUGAGUCGCCCGAUCCGCUGCCACAGCUGGCGGGGCACAAACCCGCGGAUAUUCUCUACAUAACGGCCCUGCAAUGGACGCUGAACUUUGAGCUGCUGAAGACGAGUCAAUUGUUCUACAAUGAGUUUGCCAAGAUCUAUUCGAUACCCGUGGAAAUGCUGGACAACGAGGAUGAGGAUGUGCCGGAGCUGCCAACGGAUGAGCAGCAGCCACAGUCGGAGACGAAGCUGCGGCGUGGCGAUAAAAACAUUUUCGACAUACUCAAGCUCAACCACAAUGCCCUCGGCUGCUUCCUGAUGCUGCCCAAAACUGCAACUGGAGCAGCAUCAACCACAGCCACCACGCCCACAGUCACACCCACAGCUGUGCAGGGACCCAGCAUCGGCAUCUGCGGUUCAAGUUCAUUGGAAACGCUGGUUUCGCAUGUCUACCAGCUGCCGCCGCUUGGCAUUAACAGCGCCCUGUCAGUGUCGACUACGACGGCCGCCAGUUCGGACUAUGCGGAAUCUUCGCUGGACUACGCCUCAGUGAUUGAUAAUUAUACAAGGGAUUCAUCCUCGUUCCUGCAGCAUCUACAGCAAUCCAGCGAGCUGGACGAGAGCAUUGUUCUCUUUGACAUCCACAGCCACGACCAAGGAUUGAGUCGGAAAUCCCAAACAGAAGAAUCAAUUGCUGCAAAAGGUUUAAUCAACAAGCUGUUUAACAUUGUGGGCUCACUGUUUGGUGGCAGCAACUCCAACUCCGCUGGCAGCUCCCCCGACUCGCAGGAAAAUCUCAACAUUGAAGCGGAUCUGUUUUGCCUGUACGAACCCAACGGGGAAUGCAAGAAACUUUUGCUGAAACUCUUUGAGGCAACGAUGGCCAUAUGCAUCAAGGGUUUCCAGAACGAGGAAGUGGAGAAAAUGCAGAAGCACCUGCGCAAGUUGAAGGCCAUUAUCCUGAGCAAUGCCAGCGACAAUUGGUCCGAGCAUGGGGAGCAGCAUGCACGGGAUAAUGCUGUGAUUCAGACACUGCAGACGCUCCUAAAGAUCGCUGAAUUGUCGAGCAACCACAACGAACCGGCGGGCGUGGUCAGCAGCCCUUCGGCGGACUCCAAUCAGCCGCGACCACGUGCUCGCAGCUUCAACAGUGGCAGCGUGGAGCUGCCCAGACUGCAGACGGUUAAGCUGCCAGCCAAGAACUCACUGGCCACGCCCCCGACUCCCCGACGGCGACCCAACUCGAGUGAGAUCAAUGUGGGCGAUGCAGAUUACUUCUCCACGCGUGCCUCCCUCAGCUGUGCCGCCGACAGCGAGCUGGAGCUGAGCGAGAACGAACACGAGUUCUACCUGACAGCCGACGAGGGCUACGAGGCGGAUGGCGAGAUUGCAGACUUGAGUGAAUCCGAGUGUGAGCUCAACGGAGGGACAGGCAUGGCCCCGAAUGAGUCGUGGACACCGUUUCAGCCAUCCUCGCGGUAUCGCACGCAUAUAAUGCACCAGGGACUGAGUCAAUUGGUGGUCCAGAUGCUCGCGGAGCUCUCCCUGCUGUGCAUGCGGCAGCCCAAUGGCUGGACAGAGAGUCUCAUUCAGCUGGCAAAUCGGUUGUUUGUCAUCCGCGACUAUCUGGGCGGACCACUGUGCCUGCUCAAGGGAUUUGCGCCCAUCCUGAGUUGCAGUGAUCCCAGAUUGAGAGAGCUGCAGCAAUCUAUACUGGAGCUGAUUACACAUCUGAAUACCCCUGAGGUGCUGCACUGCUACUACUCCAUCCUGACAUCCAGGCAGCCGCCGGUGGAUCUGCUCAUGCGACACAUGCACCACAUCUGCGCGGGCACUUUGCGCAAGGCUCAGCCCUGCAUGGAGCUGGAGUUUCCCAUCACCACCGAUGGCAAGAUUGUGAUCACCUCGGAGCCGCUGAUCAGCGAGCAGAUCGAGCGCGUGCGCCUGCAGCAUCAGCAGUGUCAGGCGAGCACUUUGUUCACGCGUGCCGCUUGCAUCUUUCCCGUGACACAGACGCGCCUCUGGCAGCCAGAGGGUCUGACGCUAUCGCUGUGGCUGGAGCUGAGGGGACAGCAAAUGCAUCGCAGCUCCAUGCAGUUCAACGAUGAUGAGACGCGCUACUCGGGAGAGGAUCUAACCAAGCUGCAUCUGGUCUCGCUGGGCAGCAACCAGGCCAUGAUCAGCGUGUACAUCAGCCACAACAUGCAGUUGGUCUUCGAGCUGGUGCGUCCCAGUGAGCAGCUGUCGCCAGUGCGCGUGGAGGAGCCCAUGGAGGCCUCCGUGACAGAAACAGCAGCUGCAGUCUCUGCCAACACCCAGGCGAAUGCGGGAGCCAUCCGUCAGGCCCUGAAGCAAACAAAACUCGCGCUGCUCAACAGCUUUGGCCAGAUGCAUCUGCUCAAUGGGCAUCAGGGUGCAUCGGCGGACUCCUCGGGCGGCUACUACGAGGGCGUCUCGGUGCAGCUGCAGCAUCUGCGACUGCCGCGGCACAAGUGGAUGAAUCUGGUGUUGGGGCUGCAGCAGCAGGCGGACUCGCUGGAGAUUGCCAUCUAUCUGGAUGGCCUCGAGCAGCACACCAUGCAGCUGCCCUUUCCCAAUCUGCGACAGCUGACGCGGCUGCACACGUUCCAAAUGCUGGCCCUGGGCGAAGGUCAGCCUGCGCGCAGUCCCAGCAGCAGCUCCUCCUCGAGGUCCACCCUGGAUGGCUCCCUGCCGCGCUAUGCAGUGUCCAAUUUGAUCCUCUUCAGGCGCCGCCUGGUGGAGCCCUCACUCAUGCUCAAUCUGACGGCCAUGGGGCCGGACUUUACGGAGUUCACGCAGUGCCAGGUGGCCAACUGGAAGCCCAAUUAUGGGCAUUUGUCUCUGGGCAAGCUCUCGUCCUCGAACUUCGGACAGCAUGCGGACUGCAUGCGGCAGCUGCGGCAGGCCAGAGUGCUGGUAUACACCGCACAGCAGCCGGAUCUGGUGAUGAGCUACGAUGCCAGCCAAGAGCUGGACAUGGCCUGCUACGGGCAGCCACACGGACACAUGCUGUACGGGGAACUGCUGCAGCAUCAGCCGCAAACACUGCAAUCGGCGACGUCUUUAUGUGGAGGAUUAUCCACGUUGCUUUAUCUGUUUGCUAGGGUUGUGGAACUCAGUGGCAAUGCCAAUACGCAAGCUCUGGCUUUGGAUCUGCUGCUGCAGGUGGCCCACUCGGAUGCGCAGCUGUACACAGAGUUCCAUCGACAGGAUUAUCUCGCGCUCAUUGGCUACGUAAUCAAGUCGGAAAAGUGCUGCAAGGAUGUGCAGCUGCUGCGCAGCAUCAUGAACAAUGCCUGCUCCCAGCCGCUGAUCAGCCGCAAGGGCGACUCCCUGCACGUCAAUGACAACACGAUGGCCGCUCUGGUGUAUCCGCGACUCGUGCUCGCCGUGCUGCAGCGCUACUCGGACUGGCAUCGCUCGGGCGCCACCCACUCGGAUGUGCUGGACAUGCUCUUCCGCUGCACGCUGGCACUCACGCGCGACAAGCAUCCGCAGCGGGAUUUCAACAUGGAGCAGCUGCAAAAGUCGGGCCUGCUGGGCGCGCUGCUCAAUCUGUGCAAGGUCUAUGUGAUAGAGUCGCCCAGUCCGGUGCAGAUCUCGCCGUAUGCCGCUGAAUGUUUCGUGCAGAUACUGGCAGUGUUUGCUGGCUCCCCGCCAGCCUCGUCGCUGCUCGAUGAGAUCAUGAAGCUGCUGCUGUUGCUGCACAAGCCCAGCGAUUGUUAUGUGACCCACGAUCGUGGACACUUUUUCUUUCUGCUCACAUCGCAGCAGCCGGCCAAGGAGCGCUCGCUGGUGGCUGCCAAUCUGAGUCGCGUGACCACAUCGCUGCGGCGGCAGCUGCACGCCCCAGCGCCGCCCGAACUCGAGCCAGAGCGUGCGGAGAGGAUUAGAAGACUGCGGCGACUGCAUGCCAGCGGAUCGGAAUACCGACGUGCGGUCAAUGAGUUUGAGGAGCAGCUGGAGCACAUGGCCGACUGCUCGAACCUCAACAAGUCCGCCCUGCGGCUGCUCAGUCCCGUGGAGGCGAGUCGUUGGCGCAUCAAGUUCAAGCGUCGCCAUCCAACGAGCACCACACACAGCCCCAAGCGGAGUCCGCUGAAGAUUGCCCGACGGCGCAUACAUCCGCAUCCGCAUCUGGGCAAACUCUGGCAGCCAUCGGGCCACAGCACGCCCAGCUCGGGGCAGCUGUCAGCACUGCCCAAUCGCAAGACGGACUUCUACGAUCAGCCCGGGAUCAUUCGACUGCAGCAGCGUCUGCUCAUCCUACUCAAAGACUUUCUCUGCCUGCUGCCCGACUCGGCGGUGGAUGAGGUGCUGCGCCAUUACGUGAAGCUGGAGCUGCUCCUGGUGCUGGCCAAUCAGCGCAGCUGUGUCGUGCGCCAAGCCAUCAUCCAGCUGCUGCAUGUGCUGACCAAACGUUUGGGCAAUGGCGAGCUGGCUGCCGCCUCGAAGCUGCUGUAUCCCCUCCACUUGGCCAAUCAGUUGACGAUCCACGCGUGCGACAUAUCCAUGUUUGAGGCGUGCCUGGCAUGGGUGAGCGGUGUGCAUGGCAGCCUCACGGAUCUCCUCAACUGCGAGGGUUCACUGAGGAUACGCCAACGCUUUGGUUUGCAGUCACUGCUGGCCAUAGCCACGGGCACAGAGCCACAAAAAGUGUUUAAAGCGCUGCAGCGAUUGUAUUUGCAGAAUCCCGAUGAUCAGCUGUGUCUGAUUGAGGCCGGACUGCUGCAGUGCUCUGUGAAGGCUUUGUACAAGAUUUAUUCCCUGCGCUUGGGUCCGCCCAAUGCGGAUGAGUCCAUUGUGGAUUUGCUGGUGCACAUAGGCGAUCGUGCACUGCGCUCUGUGGGGCAAAUAAAUCUCCUCUGGGACAUACUCAAUCUGCUGGCCUUCUAUCAGGACAAGCAGCCACAGCAGCUUGUGCGCAGCUUUCGCACCGUUCAGGCCCAACUGCAGCUGGAGUGGCUGACCAAGCUGUUCGAGCCGAAUAGCUUUAGGGUAGCGGCGCAAGCGGACUGCCCGCUCAGCCACGCAGAGCUGAGGACACGCGUCGAGCUGCUCAUCGAUCGCUGCAGUCAAUUCUUCACUGUGGGCAUGGGUCAGAGCCAGACAGCGGGCUCCACGAGCUACGUGGCCAGCUCUCAGGAGUUGGCACUGUUCCAGCUGCUCGUCUCGUAUGGGAUCUCCAGCAAUCAGCGUUGCAACAAUUUCAUUGCCUGGGGCCUGCAGCCGUCGCGUCCGCGAGAUCUGCGCUCCUACAUUGUGGAUGCGCUGUGGCGCUCGCAGCAGGACGAGUUCCAGCGGGCCAUCAUCUGUGAUGGCAAAAUGAUCAAGGCGCUGCUUUGGCUCUCGCUGCUGGAGGAUAUGGUGGAGCCCAUUGAGAACCUGCAGCGUUUAUGCGAUGCGCUGGGCAUCAAGGAGAACGACUCCUCAUGGAAUUUGGUGCACGAACUGGAACGCCUCGAUCAGAGUCGCAGCAACAUGGCGGCCAAGCAGAAGACGCUGCUGGAGAAGACCGUCUAUCGGUUUGAGCCGCUGGUGCAGCAUUGCGUGGAGUCCUCAAUGGUGACCACCAGGCGCAUGGUGGAGUUGCAGAACGCUGAACGCAAGCUGCUCAUGUGCCACAUGAAGGACUACGAUGACACUUAUACCUACACCAAAUGGCUGGAGAUUAUACGCCGCAUGACGCACGAAGGUGCACCCUGGCACUGUGCCGAGCGUGCAGAAUGUUCGUGGGAGCUGGACGACACGGAGGGACCUUCGCGCGUGCACACGCGUCUGCGUCGCUGCCAUUUGGACAUUGAUCGGCGCUUUUUCAUGAGCGAAUAUCGAGCGGGACAGCAGGCACAGCGCGAGGAUACAGAGAACUAUGUGCGCCCGCUGGACUAUCUGAUAGCCAGCUACGAUCAGCAGCUAAACAUCUCACUAAACUCUCAAAUUUUGUACAACUUUGCGGCCAAGUUUCUGCCCGUGGAUGGUGAGAUCGAGGGGGAGAUUAUCAUCACCGAUUUGAAGCUGUAUUUCCUGGCCACGUACCGCUGUCGUUACUUCAAUGUGAACUGUGAUAUUGCCAACAUAACAGAGAUCUGGCUGAAGCGCUACCAGCACCAGGAGACUGCCUUUGAGAUACUGCUGGACACGAACAAGUCGCUGUUCUUCUCGCUGCAGAAUGCCGACGAUUGGAAGAUAAUGCGCGAUGUAUUCUGUGAUAAAAUUGUGGCCACGCCCGAUCAAACCAAAGUGCUGGGCAUCACGCAGCAGUGGCGCGAGGGCUUGCUCACCAAUUGGGAGUAUUUGAUGACGCUCAAUCAGAUUGCCGGACGCACCUACAAUGAUCUCAUGCAGUAUCCAGUGUUUCCCUGGGUCCUAGCCAACUACAACUCCGAGAUUUUGGAUCUACGCGAAGCGCAAAACUUUCGACGCCUCGAACGACCCAUUGCCGUGCAGCUGGAGGAGAAUGAAAAGCAUUACAUCAGCAAUUAUACAUACAUUGACAGCACCAAUACCACCAUGGGCUCGCUGAUCCUCAAGCCGUAUCACUACAGCUCCCAUUACUCCAACUCUGGCACAGUGCUUCACUUUCUGGUGCGUGUACCUCCCUUCACCAGCUACUUUCUGCGCUAUCAGGACAACGACUUCGAUCUGCCGGAUCGCACAUUUCACGCGCUGAACACCACCUGGCUACUGGCCAGCCGCGACAGUCCCACGGACGUGAAGGAGCUCAUACCGGAGUUCUUUUGCCUGCCGGAAAUGUUCGAGAACUUUGAGCGUUUCAAUUUUGGCUGCCGGCAGAAUGGCGAACGGGUGGAGGAUGUUUCGCUGCCGCCUUGGUGCCAGCGAGACUCGAGACUGUUUGUGCUGAUCCACCGACAGGCGCUGGAGUCGGAGCUGGUGCGGAAUCAGCUGCAUCAUUGGAUUGACUUGAUCUACGGCUUCAAGCAGACAGGCGAAAGUGCCGUCGAAGCCAUCAAUGUGUUUCAUCCAGCGACCUACGCGGUGUUCCUGGACUCGGAGAUCAGUGAUCCCAUUGAGCGGGAGGCGGUCAAGACAAUGGUAAAGACCUACGGACAAAUGCCGCGGCAGCUCUUCAAGUCGGCGCAUCCAUCGACCAAAGCGCUGGACUACUCGCUGGUGGACAAGCCCAUUGUGUCCACGGUGCGUGGCCUGCGCUGGGGCGUCUUUGUGGGUUCGCCGCAGCUCAAACCUCCCUCCUGGGCGAACAUACACAAAAUACCCGGCACCGAGCAUCUCGUGAGCUUCAGCAACACGAAUGUGGUCUACGCAUUGCCGGGACGUGCGGCUGUCAUGCAGGGAGCCGAACCGGACACAUACAACGUCAUCUCGUGGGGCUACGACGAUCGCAUUGUGAGGAUUCAGCCGCUGAAUAAACCCCAAGCGAAGCCCAAGAAUCUGCUGCACAAUGGAACCUUCGAUGACAUCACCGCCUGCGGCUGCGACGUGAACUCCAAUCAGCUCUGGUUCGGCCACAAGUCCGGGCGGGUGAGCGUGUACAAGUGCGCCGGCGGAUUGGACACCCAACAGCGGGCCACGGCCAAGAGUCGGCAGAGCUAUGCGCGUGGCUUUAGCCUGUCGUACAACUCCGCUUUCCGCAAGAUGACCAACAAGAGCAUGGGCACGGCUGGAGCGGAGGAGUCAAGUGGUGGCCUGCAUGCCACACAUUCGGCUUCAUCGGUGAGCUCUGCGAGCAAUUCGUCCGGCAGCGAUGGAGUGCAGCGUGACGGCGCGGAUCUAACCUGGCUGGGACCCACGCUGCUGGUGCGGCACACCGAUGAAAUCACCUGCAUAGCCCUGUCCGUGGAGUUUAAGAUUGCCGUGACUGCAGGACGCGAUGGCAUUGCUGUUAUCUGGGAUCUCAACGAUUGGAGCUAUGUGCGUACGAUUGCCCGUCCCGCGGAGAUCCAUCAGUCGCCCAUCACGCAUGUGGCCAUUAGUCCCACGCUGGGCGACAUUGUCACUGUGCACACGCUGCCCCAGCAGCCGAGCACAGGUCCUGCGGAUGCACAGCCACAGGCAGCUGCCGUGAGAACCAAUUCUCUGGCCAUUGCCGAUGAAUGCUUCGAGGUAACGGAGGAGAAUCUGGAUGACUUUGUCAAUGUGAAUGUCAAUCCCAAUGGCAAGUCGAUACUGCGCCUGCACUCGGUCAAUGCGCGCUAUGUGCAGCAUCUGGUGCACGAGGAUCGCAUCCAGGCCGUCUGCUACUCCUACAUCAAGGAGGGAGUGGGCGUGAAUGUGAUUGCCACCGCUGUGGAGGGCGGCUUUGUGCGCUUCUGGUCGAGUUGGAACCUCAGUUUUGUGAGUGAACUAACCACGGGCACAUCGCCCAUACGCAGCAUUAGCUACUCGACGCAUCAGCAUUUGGUGGUGCUGACACGAGAGUCGCACAUUCAGGUCUGGCAAUCCGAGGGCCUCUACGGCAAUGCCCCCAAAUUUCCACAAAUUGUCUACAAAUGAACAAAGAACAAAAAAAAGCAUAUCAAUGACACGACGACACAUAAAAAAUACUGAUCAAAAGCUGCUGGAUCAAAGGGACAUUUGGAGUGCAUGAAUCCUUGCUGUGCUCCCAUCAAAGUUCCAUCAAAAUAUAUCAAGCAAAACACUUAAGAUUCUUAGGCAUAUAUAAUAUUACGAGUUUAAGGGUCUCAUAGAGCUGUAAAAUACAUUUUUUUGUACCAAAACUUUUAUAAUUUACACACCCCACAGAC